AUGGUGGCGGAGGGAGCAGGCCAACAUGGAGGCGAGAGCACCGUGAGAGCCGCCGCUAUCACCGCCGCCUUCUUUGUCAACCAAAAACUUAAGAAGUCUGAGGAAACCUUGAAAGGAGACAACGACGACGAAGGAAGGAAAGAAACAACGGGGCUGGAGCCCUCCGCUCUGCAGCGGCGGCCCGCCGCGAUGCCGUGGCCGGGCGGAGGCGGCGGCAAGCGGCGUGAGAGCUCCGAGCUCCCGCUGCCCGCCGGAUGGGAGGAAGCCCGAGACUACGACGGAAGAGUCUUCUUUAUCGACCAUAACACCCGGCAAACCUCGUGGAUAGAUCCCCGAGAUAGGAUCACCAAGCCACUGACCUUCGCCGACUGCGUGGGAGACGAGCUUCCCCUGGGCUGGGAAGAGGUCUACGACCAACAAGUGGGCGUUUACUACAUCGAUCACAUUAACAAGACCACACAGAUCGAAAAUCCGCGCACACAAUGGCGGCAGGAGCAGGAGCGCAUGUUAAAAGAGUACCUGGUGGUGGCGCAGGAGGCCCUACGAGCCAAGAAAGAGAUGUACCUAGUCAAGCAACAGCGGCUGGAGCUGGCCCAGCGUGAGAUGUUGCUGUUCCACGAGCUCUCCGACGAUAGCCGCUCCGUGGCUAGCACGCUCUCCGGCUCGUCUUCCGGCGCGAAAUAUGACCCCGACCAAAUCAAAGUGGAAGUGGCUUGUAGGCGAGAGCGGCUCUCCAGGCUGAAGCACGAGCUGGCCCAGGUGAGGCAGGAGCUGCAGUACAAGGAAAUGGGCGUGGAGACCCUGCAAGAGAUCGACCGCAAGAUGUCGUGCAGUCAGACCAACUACAAGCUGGAUGAGGCGCAGGCCAUCUUCAGCGAGCUGCGCAGCAUCAAGAAGGCCAUCAGCGCCGGCGAGAAGGAGAGGCAGGACCUCAUCCAGAGCCUGGCCAAGCUGACGGUGAAUUUCCAGAGCAGCUUAUGUGUGGGUGAUACUGCCGGUGAGUUGGUCAACACCGGUGGAGGAGGCGGGGCCGCUGCGCCGGGCGAACAUCAGCAGCUGUAUUGCGACGCUGGCUGCCAGACGGACGUGAUAAUGGGAGAGGUGGGUGCGCAGGACUCAUCCCACCUGGUGGACAAAGUCAAAGUCAACUGGCAGUACGAAGAGGCCAAAAAGAAAGUCCAGAGCAUCCAGCACCAGCUGGCCCAGCUGGACAGCGAGAGCUGGUCCGGCCGGGCCGAAGCAGAUCGCGACCGAGACUUUGUCCAGCUGUUGCGUGAGAAGGAGGCGUUGCUGCACGACAUCAUCAGCGUCAGCAAGCGCCACGAGAAGGCUCGCGCUCCCGAUUCGGGUCCGGAUAUCGAGCCCGGUCCCGACACGCUCCUGCAGCUGGAGGAAGAACGCUGCCGGCUGGAGGAGGAAGUGCAAAGGGCGCACAGCUCGCAGAGUCAGGGAGCCAAUCAGAGGCUCCUGCAGCAGGAGAAGAGAAACGUGCUGCUGAGAAAGCUGGAGGAGGCCACACGCAUCACCACCUACCUUCACUCUCAGCUCAAAAGCCUAUCUGCCAGCUCCCUGACGGUGUCGUCCAGCAGCAGCCGCGGCUCGCUAGCGUCCAGCCGCGGCUCGUUAGCAUCCAGCCGCGGCUCCCUCAGCUCCAUCAGCUUCAGCGACAUCUACGGCGCACCGCCCUACGAGCGCCACGACGAGCCUCCGGACCCCCACCUCCGCUUGGCGCCGCCCCUGGAGGCGGAGCCGGCCGCUCCCGGCAGGGCCAAGCGCUCCCACGACACGCCACAGUCGUUAGCCUCGCUGUCAUCUCGCUCCUCGCUGUCAUCGUUGUCGCCGCCCAGCUCGCCCAUGGACACGCCCUAUCACUCUGCACCCCAGGAUUGCCCCCUUACGCAGAUGACGGACGAGUACAUGGAACAAGCGGGACGUGGUCUCGCCGCUAGGGAGGCUGGCUCUCAGGGGGCUUUCAACUCAACUGGAGUGACCUUGCGCGGCAACAGCGGCAGCAGAAGCAGCAGGAGGACCAGGAGAGUCUCUGCCGGCGUCUCCGAGGACGCUCUGGCCACUGACAGCGGCGUCUUUGAGGCCUGGGGAAGGAGGGCGGAGGAGUCCGAGGAGAUGUCUUACCUGAAGGAACAGACAAGUGAGCCCACUCAGAUACAACUAGGACUGCUGUGGGAGUCUGCCUCACAAUCCCUUUGUCUGCAUCUUCUCCAACUCAAGAACCUCAGCAGGUCCAUCACAAGAGAGGGCUACAAAGUCUUUGUGAAGGUGCACCUGAUUCCAGCGGACACGAGCCGAGCUUGCGCCUUCUACUGCUGCACGGCGCUGGAGCCGCAAACACACGUCAGCUUCAACGAAGGCUUCCGCGUACCCGUGCCGGAAGACGCGCUGGCCGGCUGCGCCUUGCAGUUGUCCCUCUGCUCGCUCGGACCGCAGGCUCAGGAGGAGCUUCUGGGUAAAGCGCAGGUGGGCCUGGCUGAGUGUGAGGGAAGCACGGAGAUGGUUUACCACUGGCUGAGGGUCCAAAUGUUCAAUGGGGCGGAGCCUCAGAAACUGCGAAGAAAUCACGACGGGCCUGAAGAUGAACACGGAGCCAGAGCUAUGGAAAGUGCCCCAUUAUCCCGCACCGACGCCGACCCGGACUCUGACCCAGACCCGCCACUGAGGCCGACAGCCGAGUCGAUGGACGGCUACGGGGUGCGGUGCAAUCGGACGACAUCAAAGGUCGUCGUGCUAAAGGCGGAGAAGGCCACCAUGACAGAGAGCCACUUUACUGAGGCGGUGCGAGUCCGGGGUAAAGAGAGGGGAGGCGCGCGCUGGGGUCACGCAGCGCCCUUCAUGCGCGGCGGCACCAUCGUGCGAUCGCAGACGUUUUCUCCCGGGGCUCGCAGUCAAUACGUUUGCAGGUUGUACCGCAGCGACAGCGACAGCUCCACCCUCCCAAAGAAAUCGCCGUUCGUGCGCAACACGCUGGAGCGUCGCACGCUGCGCUACAAGCAGCAGUCGUAUCGCUCGUCGCUGGCCGAGCGGCCCACGCGCACCUCGCUGGACCUGGAGCUGGACCUCCAGGCCUGCCGCACGCGUCAGAGGCAGCUCAGCGAGGAGCUGGGCGCACUCCGAGAGCUCAAGCUUAGGCUGGAGGAGCCCGCCGCGACGUCGCACCUUCACCACGGCGAGCUGCCCCACUGGGCCCUGAGGGACGAGCGCUUCCGCUGCCUGCUCAGGGAGGCCCACAGACAGGCGGGUCAAAGCGAGCGUGAGCAGCGUCAAGAGGAAGAGGUGGGAAGGCGGCUGCGUAAGGCGUCCAAAGAGCUUCUGCACUUGAGGGGGCACAGCCACAAGGAACCCCUUCCCGUUCACACCUUCAGAGAGAAGAUGGCUUUCUUCACCAGACCAAGGUUCAACCUCCACGUACCUCCAUUGCCGGCUGACGACGUGUGA